AUGGUUUCUCUUUUUUGUACUAGUGCGAUUAUGAAUUACAAAAUCGACAUCCCAAAAUUAAAAAAUUCAGCUGGUAUUCUGCAUUCUCUCCGUGAAAACAUAUUCCGACCGCCGACGAUAACGAAGCAGGUACGUGCUUCGACAUAUGAUCUGAUAUGUGACUAUGUGACCAAUGCACAUAUUGCAGAAGUAGAUAAACCAUCUAUCACACUGCCAGUUAAUCCACAUGCUGUUGGUGAGUUAUGUACGUUGCAGGAUAUCGCAUCAGAUAUCUACGAAGUAGCAAUUGAAAAUGUAGGUCACAUUUAUGACAACGAAAUCACAGUUGUUCAUGUUAUAGAUGCUAGAGAGGUGGAAGAAGGAAGAGUCUUCUGUGAUAAAGAUAUUUUAAAGUUAAACCUAUCACUUUUUACCAUACAGAAUAUGUUUGAGUUUAUGGUGGAACAAUCAGACAAGAAAGAAUAUGUUGUGAGAUGCUCACAAGAGGUAUGUAGUUGGAUAUGCAGAGCAUCGAGAUGGGGUAAAAUGGAACUGUUUAAGAUUUGGAAGAUUGGUGGUCACACAUGUGCAUCAAAUGUAGUACUAGGGUCACACAAACAAUUAUCAGCUAUAGUUGUGUCCUUUAACACCAAGUAUGCGUCAUCUUGUACUAUAUACACACCGAAGAAUAUAUGCAGUGAUAUGUUGCAUACUUAUGGGGUUUAUUUAAAUUAUUCGAAAGCGUGGAGAUCUUGCGAGCAAACCUUGAAGAUGAUAAGAGGUUAUCCGACCAAGUCAUUUGGUAAUAUACCAAGCUUUUUCUACAUGCUUCGACAAAAGAAUCCUAGGACGAUCACUAACUUGGAGGUUGACAUUCACAAUCGCUUUAGUCCUGUAAUUGUGGUUGACGGUACGUACUUAAAUGGUCACUACGGAGGUACUCUUUUCAUAACGUGUACGCAAGAUGCAAGUAACAGUGUAAUCGUUCUUGCAUUUCGGAUUGGAGAUAAUGAAAACGACAAAUCUUGGAGAUGGUUUUUAGAAAACCUAAAAAAGGCGUACGAGAACAGAGAAGGGCUAUGUUUUAACUUGAAGUCACAUUUUGGAAAAUCUGGACAAAGCAUUACACAAGCUUUCAAUUCAACUGUCAGAGCUUACACAUUGGAAGAGGUCAAAUAUCAUAUGCGGAAACUAGACACAAUGAAUAAGAAGAUUAGCACUUACCUGGCUGAGGUUGAACCUGAAAAGUGGUCACGAAUCCAUAUGCCAAAAAAUAGGUAUUCAACAAUGACAUCGAACAUCGUGGAAUUAGUCUAUGCAAUCACGAAGGUUUCCAAUUCCAACCAAUCAGUGUUUUCUGUUAGCGGUGACAAGACAACUUUCGUUGUUGAUAUUGAGAAACAGACAUGCACAUGCAGGAUGCUACAAGUUGAUUUGUUACCAUAUCCACACACAUUGGCUGUAAUUGCAAAUAUAAAAAGGGAUCCAUAUACUUUCUGUUCUUAUUAUUACACACAUGAUGCAUAUUUGAACGCAUACGAAAACUCUAUUUAUCCUGUUGGAAAUCCAAGCGAAUGGACAUUGCCUAAAGAAGUGCUACAUGAAAUUGUGUUAGCUCCUAACCGGAAACGAAGAUGUUUAAGGCCAACUGAGAAGAGAAAGAGAUCAUCCAGAGAAGGAAAACCAUCAGUGAAAUGUGGGCGUUGUGAAAGACAUGAUCACAACCGUAGGAGAUGCUCCAGUCUUGUCUCAUUGAGCUGA